CACGAGGGGCCACAGGGGUCCGUGAGCGGACCAUGGCGGACCAAACGCGACUGCAUCCUUUCAGUCGGCCGCUGAACCCGCGCGCCGUGCGGUUGUUCGUGUGUGUAUUGCACUUGACUUCGAUUCAUCGCGUAUCGUUCUUUUUUUAUUCUCCACUGCGGGACUACGCGUGUGAGGUUUUUCUAUUCGCCGGCUAUCCAUCCGUACCUGCGAAGGUAACAAAGACCGAGGGAAACGGCAAGGCUACAAUCCAGAGGAAUCUUUCCUGACCAAACCAGGACCACGACACACGCUCACGGAUUUUUUGGAGUACGUCUUUAGAUUGUUUUCGUGCGCGGGCGUAACGCCGACGUGAAGUUCUUCUGCAUGAUUUCGUACGAACCGUCGUUGUACGGUACGAAAGGCACCGAGAGCGACGAGGAUGACGUAGCCGUCUGGCGGCUGCCAGUUCACGAGAAUCUUAUCGAGAGGAUGUACACGAACGAACAAGGUACACGAAACAAGAAGUCGUUUGCAGGCCAGUCGAUUGUUCACGCGUUAUCAGAGAAAACAGGGAUAUCGAGAGCAAGAAUCACUGCCAGAGCAAUAAUACUCAGUUAGAAAGGUGUCGUUUCGUCCCGACUUCCGUCUAAUUUGACAGAAAGGAACGAAACAGAGGAGAAACAAAGAAACAUAAAAACGAAAGGGGGAAGCAGAAAGGAAUAUCGCUUGUGUUCGAAACAAAAUUCUCUUUCUCCGCUACUCGAGAUCAAAAAGACUGAAUAUCAAAGAGAGGCAAGAUGUUGGGAGUGAGUCAACCGGGAAAUCCACCCUCGAGCCUGCGACACUCGGCGAGUUUCUCUUGUUUGCAACGCGGUACCGCCAGCGAGGGACACAGGGCACGGACCUCGACACUUUUACAGCAGCCGAGCUUGCAGCUGAGCAACAGCCAUCACCAAUACUCGUCCGGUCAGACUUCUCUGUUGCAGCAGUCGACCGGAACCGUUCAACAUCGCAUCGAGGCAUUAGAGGCUGUACAAGACAGCAACGAUUACGGUUUCGUGAAAAUUCGACCACGUCUACGUAGCACUAACGCUACGUUACACUAUGAGGAGGAAUUGGCCGCUCAGAAAAACGCUCUUUGGGAUCGUGACGCGUCAGCGUUUAGCGAUCGCGAAUGCGACACCAAUUACAAAGAUUGUUCUUUGAAGAUCAAGGAUAGAGAAUAUUCGCCAAAAGGAGCCUCGAAGAAUCCGAACCCACUGCGAGGAGCACUGAUACUUUUUACUUCGACGUCAUCUUGGUGGAAGGCCAGGCAACGCGAGGAUCAACUGAACAGCUCAUCUACGGAUCGCUCGUUGACCUCCGCCACCGGCGCUGUGUUGACUUCGUCCGAGCGAAAGUGGUCGAGCACCUCGAUGGCGUCUCCGUCGAACGAACGAAAGUGGCCAUCGGUGGUGACUUCGCCUACGAACGACCGGAAGUGGUCGGUAGGCAACAACAACGCUCUAACAUCGCCGGGGAACGAGAGGAAAUGGACCAGAUCGUCCGUCUCGUCGAAUUCGACGGGACAGCAGGACAGGAAGUGGCGGUCUCUCGGUGCCCUGUUAAGGGCUCCGACUGGCACCAGUUCACACGCUGUCCAACAUUCGCUGUCGCAUAACAUGAGCGUCUCGAUGAUCGAGGGCGAUCACUUCCGGGAGGAUUUACGUGGGUCGAAUUGCAAGUCGACGCGUUACCAGCAGCCCACGUCCUACUCGGCCCGUGUGUCCCGUGUGAGCCGGGACAUCUACAGAGAGAACGGAGAAUUCGGUCAGACUGGAAGGUCGAAGGUUAGCCGUAGGUUGUAUCAAGAAACCGCGGAUUGCGCGGAUAGAGACGUGGACGAGAGACACGUGACCGCUAGACAUCAAUUCGAAGAUGAGUGUCGAGGUCGAACAAAUCGCGAGAGUAUCUGUAAAGCGGAACAGCAGUCCAUUGGCAACGAUUCGCGUGCAACUACGUCUACUACAAGAUCCAACCGGGCGCAGAGCUUUUAUCUUCUGGAUGAUUUCUUACGGCCUCAGCCGCAACAGAAUAACAGCAAGUGCAUGCUGAACGUUUACCUGUCACCGUCACACUCAAAGUCGUCUGGUAAUGGUAACGAUCACUCGGCGGGAAGAUCAGCCGACGUGAAACAGCAGGUCUCGCAAGGGAACGUGACGAACAUCACACCGCCGCGACGUCAUAACUCUAGCUCGGAUAGCCUGGAGGUCGCGACUAGUCCGCUCCCGCCGCCUGUGCCGCCCCCGCCACCUCAGGUUACCGCCAGCCGAGACAGAGAAAGGGCUGAGAAUUUCAAAGAGAAGGACGUGUGCCAGUGCAAAAUGUGCUGGACCAAUAUGCAGCAGAGAUCUUUCGUAGAAGAGGUGAGUAGGCGCUCCAAAGAACGUGCAUCUCUCUACCAAGAGACAGGGAGGAGUCCUGGAACGCUGCACAAAGAUGUCGGUGGUGCUGGUACCAAGGUCAGCGGAAAGACGGUCGGCGGUGUCGGCACUGCAACCCUCACUACGCUCUCCUCCAUUAAUAAUACAUCCAACACCAGCCGGAACAAGAAUAAUUCCGUAUCUCAAGAGAAAUUAUUGUCAUUCUUUCACCCCAAAUCAACACGAGUGGACAAGUCGGACAACAACAAUACGACCAACUCCACGACUAACAACAUUCAUAACAACAUGCCGAUACACGAACCUAUCAAUGCCACAUCUCACGACGUAUAUCCUGGGAGAUUGCCAAUGACAGCUGCGGAAGCUCUCAAGUUUUAUGGUUCGAGGCUCACCGAGUUCGAGCGCGCCGAAAUCGAAAAAUACUCGGAGAUUUGGUAUCUCGGACUGUCAGCCACGAAAAUUCGUGGCGAAGAAGGCGCAGCCCAGAAUGGUGGAUACGACGACGAAAAUGGUAGUUACAACAAGGUCUUCCACGAUCAUAUCUCGUAUAGAUACGAGAUAUUGGAGGUGAUCGGGAAAGGAAGCUUCGGACAAGUAAUCAGAGCAUUGGAUCACAAGACGGGACAGUACAUCGCCAUCAAGAUCAUCAGGAACAAAAAGAGAUUCCAUCAUCAGGCGCUCGUCGAAGUGGAGAUCUUGGAACACCUCAGGAAGAAGGAUUUGGAGGCGAACGCGUCGCACAAUGUGAUACACAUGCUAGAAUACUUCUACUUUAGGAACCAUUUGUGCAUCACCUUUGAGUUAAUGAGUUUGAAUUUGUACGAGCUAAUCAAAAAGAAUAACUAUAAGGGAUUUAGCCUGAGCCUAAUACGACGAUUCGCCAACUCGUUAGUUAGCUGUUUGAGACUGCUGUAUCGAGAGAAGAUCAUUCAUUGCGAUUUGAAACCCGAAAACGUGCUUCUGAAACAGCGGGGAUGCAGCUCGAUUAAGGUGAUAGAUUUCGGAUCCUCGUGUUAUAGUCACCAGCGUGUAUAUACAUACCUUCAGUCCAGGUUUUAUCGAAGUCCAGAAGUGAUUCUGGGUCUCCCAUAUGGUACGCCGAUCGAUAUGUGGAGUUUAGGCUGCAUUUUGGCCGAACUUUACACCGGUUGCCCGUUAUUCCCAGGCGAGGAUGAGAUCGAACAGCUUGCCUGCAUCAUGGAAGUUCUUGGCCUUCCGCCGGAACAUAUUAUCGAUCAUGCGACUCGUCGCAGGCUUUUCUUCGAUCCGAAGGGAAGUCCUCGAUGCGUGACAAACAGCAAGGGCAAGAAAAGGUGGGCUGGUAGCAGGAAUCUUGCCAUAGCUCUCCGUUGUACUGACACACUUUUCGUUGACUUCGUUCGCAGAUGCCUCGAGUGGGAUCCAAAGAAGCGCAUGACCCCCGACGAGGCAAUGCGUCAUGAGUGGUUGAACUCUUCUUCCUUUCACGUCGGCUCCUCGACGUCGACGAUAGCCGCGUCGACGGUAAACGCGAACACGAAUGCGAACGCGAACACAACGAGCAUGGAAACCUCGUCGCAGUCCGCCCACGCUCAGACGGUGAGCGUGACGGUAAGCGCGCCGAGGCAACGGGCGACCACCGUCGAGGAUCCUCCGUACCCGAUGUAUCGUCUGUGCAAGGGACGUAAGUACGUGCAGAGGAUCAGUACGACCGAAACCACCGACAACGCAGGUCUCGUAGUGAAAAGCAAGCUGAACGGAAGCGCGAGCAGCCACGCGCUCGCGAGUAGCACGCAGACCACUACCUCGAGGCACGCUUCGACCGGCGAUAUCGUCGCGAGUCUGGAUCCAAAUCUCGACGAUUCCGGUACGUUUUUACCGCCGAUAUUGUGAAAUCGGUUUUGCGCUACCCACUUCUAGAUGCUUUCGCGUGUCGCGAUCGAACAACACUCGCUCUCCGACAUACACCGAGAUGAUAUAUGAAAAGAUUGUUUUAUACACUAAUUAUUGUAAGAAAAUGACAGGCGUAUGUUGGUCACUUUUUUUGUUAGUUGAAACAAAUAACAGGUUGGAUGGCUGAUUUGGUCACGACAAUAAAAAGCAAGCCACGUACACAUACACAAACGCACGGUCGUUCGUACGACCGGUUAAGACCAAAAUAAUCCACAAUUCAUGAAUUUAUCAAUUACGAUGAUGGCACUCUUAUGAAGAUGGAUAAUUCACGAGUAGCGAGUUUCGAUAUCCGGUGUACUCGAAGAGUGAGAGAAAAGAAACCCUUGGGAAUGAUACAUGACAUCGAGGCACGUAGAAUUGGCUGGCUGUGGAUCUGGCCCCGGAUCAUUAUCGAUGCCAAAAGACUAGUCUAGUGAUUUCUUGCUAGUCUCUCGGCGUUGUAUCGAGGCCAAAACAAUACGACGAGGCGCGCGCGCGAUGCGAACAACGAGCAGCAUGAUUUUUAAUUAUAGUAGAAACGGAGAACGCGGUCGUUUCGGUUCGUUCAGUCGCGACUGACAAAAAAAGGAAUUAAAGAAAAAAAAAAAAAGAGGAGAAUAAAUGAAAUCUGAUCCCAGCGGCCCCAACGUCACUCAGGUAAUAUCGUAAACGACGCGCGUGCACCGAUAUCGUAGAAGUCGAUCGGAAGUAGAGUUUCGUUCCCUCACUCCCUAUCCAAAACGUUCACUCCUUAUCCUCCAAGUGUUUAGCGAGAAUUUUGCUACUGUAGCCGAGACGAUACGUGUUUUUUAUUUUUAUUUUUUUAUUUUUUUUCUCUUUUUUUGCAAACCGCGAGUCGAGCAAAAGAGAGGAUCGUUUGCCGCGUGCACACUUUUUCCAACGAUAACGAUCACAUCAGCGCGUCGUUCAUCGAGAGGGACAGAGAGAGACUAUCAACAUGAACGACGCGCCUCUCAUUCGCACAGUUGCCCCUGUGUUUCGAAUGAUUCAUAUAAAAAAAAAAAACAUAUAUAUAAUUCUAUAGGCGCAAACGAUCGUCGCGAUUAGUAACAUUGUAAGAAAAAUUCGAUUCGCAAUCGACGAGCGCAAAUUAAUGUUAUGGUUACUAUAUAUAAAUAUAUACAUAUGUAUACUGUAUGUAUACGAAGAAAUAUGUAUGAGGAACGCAGCGAGAAAAGGGUGAAUGCGUUUUUAACAACGAGAUUACCGCGCAACACGAAAUUUUCUCAUCGAGCAUUAUGCAGCAUCGAAUCGCGGUUAAAACGUGGAGAAAGAAGUUUAAAAGAAAAAAAAGAAAGAAGAUAAGUAGAACCUGAGUCGUCUGAAACCCCGUGACAACAGGGUCGUACCGAUUAAUAAUGAAACGUCAAGGCAAACCUCGGUGAGAAAGGGAGAGAGUGCGUGUGAGCGAGCGAGAGAGAGAGAGAAAGAGAGAAAGAAAGAGGCGAAACUCCUGGAAAUGGAACAUGUGCCCCAGUUUCAACGAGGCCUGAGUAGUCUUAUUGUGAUAUUAAUCUACCACUGUCUUUUACGUAGAUCUCUGAUAUUAAGAAGUAAAUCGCUAUAAUUAAUGAUGAUCUUUUUUCAUUCUUUACUAUCAAUCAUUAUUUUCUUAAUAUUGAUUUAUCGCUCUCGCUAUUAUCGCAAGAUUACAUAAUGACGAUAUUAACGAAGUUAUUCAAUGAAUAGUAACACAGAAAGAUAACAUUAUUAUUAUUAUCAUUAUUAUUAAUUAUUAUUAUUGUUAUUACUAUAAGGAUUGUACAGACAUAAUUAAGCCUUCAAAACCCAACAAUUCACAGCACGCAUUCGCUUCUUCUUUAACUUUCAUUCUUUUUUUUUUCAUACUUUGAUUUUCCUACAAUAGAAGGUAUGUUUUAGAAAUGAGUCGCAUGAAAUUUCUUCACCACAUUGUUCUUCGCAUAAUUUUUUAUCACAGUUACUACUAUAUUACGGUAUGAUUUCUCGUCCCAAACGAGAUAUCAGCAUCGUGUUCUUUUUCUGUUCUAUUAACCGCCUCAAUUUCUCACUAUUUCUCAUUGUAUUUUCACUGUUAAGUUAGCCAAUCAUUUUAGAAAUCGCAUCUCUUCGAUCAUCGAUCGACUAUUAAAGAUUAAGAUCGAAGAUUCGUGUUAUCUUUUAGCGUAAAUGCGAAGGAUUUGAAGGGAAAUAAACCUCUGUAUCGUGUAAUAUACAUUGCCUCGACACAUACACAUAUACACACAUAACAUACACGCGCGCGCGCGCGGCAAAGAGAAGAAGAAACAGUGUUUCCGCUCGGUGUUCAAAAAAUCACAAUGAAAGUUCAACUAAACGAGAAAAAAAGAUAUACUCGUAGUUACGAUAAAUAUCAUUAGCGUUAUCCGUAUACUUAUAAUUGUUCAUUAUUAGUAAUCUUCGACACAUAUUUUGCCGAGCGUUAUUUUUUGCGUUUCGACUGGUAAUAUAAUUAGAUAACAAAAAUCGCUUCUUAUAAGGAUGUAAGCGUAAGUUGUCUUCGAGCAUUUCGUCGCUGAGCCUCGAGAGGCUAUGAUGAUUCCGACAGUCAAAGCCGUGUGUGAAAAUAUUAAAACGCAUGUACAGGAUGGCAGGGAAAAGAACGGAAGAGAAACGAAGUAUAUUCGUAUAACAAAGACUGAAGUAAUAUACAGCGUCACUUCUCUUAGAAUUUUAUUUAAAGACAUAAACUUCGAUCAUUUAUAAUAAUAACAAGAUACAUUUUUAUCGUAUAAGUACCUACCUACUUUUGUCGAUUAAACGACCACAGCCUGUAAUGCAUUUUUCUUAUCUUUCUCACGUUUUUCUUGCAUCCUAAAGAGUGUAAGGAGGAAGAUGCAACUUGACCGCAGCAUGACGGCUGUGUUCUGUUUUUAAACUGCAUGUUUCUUCUGACUUUUGCGUGUUUGGACAUUAUGAUUUUAAAACUAUGACUGAUUCGUUCAAAUACCUCUGAUUAACGUUUUUAAUUAAACGCAUCUUUCCUAAGCAUCCGUUUGGUUUGUUUGAGACAAAAUCUUGGACAUGGCGUAAUGGAAGACAACUUACAUUAUAUGAAAGAUAAAUAGAUAUAUUAUGGAAGAUGCUAAAGAGAAGAAUGUAGGAUAAGGUAUUCGAAACAUGUGUGGAUAUCUUUGUUCUCUUCUAAUAUAGAGUAAUUCUUAGCAAGUUGAUCAAAUCAGAUUGAUUCAAAGGUAGAAAUCCUGGAACAGACUUGAAUUAUAAGUUUGUUAUAGUAGUAUACUAAAUUAACUAUACUAGUAUACUAAAUUGAAAGUUUUAAAAAUCGUUCGGAAAAAUUUAGAAAGAUAUUCAAAUAUUUUUUACAUACCUUAUCCUAUAAGAAUAAAAGACGAACUCGCGUUACUUAAUAGCCGAUAUGUAAGAUAGCGUUAAUUUUUUAACACGUUUACCAUGUGGAGAAUAUAUUUUAAAUAUCUCGCGGGUUUGUAAAUCUUCUAAAAAUCGAAUUGGUUGAUUCAAAGUGCGUAACGAACGGUUCUAAAUUCGCAGGCGUCACCGGAACGAGAAAAAGAGAGAGAGCUGCCCACAGAAGCACUUUGUUCGACUAUAGUCAGAGCAGCGAGUCCAACAUUUAACGACCGUAGUAUCUAAGCCACAUUUACACAGCACACAUACGUUCAGACACACACACGGGACAAACACACAGACAGAUUUAUAGCAAAACAAGAAAUAUCAAAUUGUGUAUAAUAACUAACAUUAGAGAAAAGAAAAAAAAAUAACGCGUGUGCGUCCGUAUGCAUAUGUGCGUGAGAACGAACGAAAAAAAAAAAGAAAGAAAGAAAGCACAGAAAUGCAAGAAAAGGAAAAAAAGCAAGGAAGUUACGUGUUACGGAGAGAAUGCGUCCAGCGAGAAUGCGUUACAUUAUCGCAUAUACAUAUAUACAUAUACAAUUUUACGUGUUAAGUAACCCACGCGGAAGCGAAAAAAACGAGUUAAAUAUAGGAUAUCCAUUUAGAAAAUAAAUAGAGAAGACCGUUCAAACAACGUAGCUCCAGUACAUGGAGUCCUCUAUUCCCCUUUACUCUUCCCCCCGGCACUGUUCGAUCGUCUACAAUUGCAUCGAUUAAAUCGUUUGUCAGAUUUUCAAUUCAGGGAAAAGAAUAUCUUUUCGAUGAUAAUCAUCCUUCGAUUCUUCUACAUGUUACAACGAUGACAUCUGAUCGUCUAUGUUCGAUGAAUUUAUAUCAUCGAACAUCGUUUAUCGAGUGCGGUGAAUGCAUAUAUGUGUCCGAUGAAUAUAAUUACACGGCAUGACUGCCGCUAUUUCACGCGCAAGAGCAUACGUUCAGUGUCCAACGUGCAGUAGAAGCAAAAGAAUUAUAUGCUUAAAUAAACAGUUACCAAUCAUUCGAUCGAGAAGCAUGCCAAAACAUCAUCUUUGUCGUAUCGGUUUCUAAGAUAAACGAUUUAAUCGAAUAGCAUUUGACGCGACAAAUCUGCAAGUACGAAAAACAUGAGAUCGAUUUGAUAAGCAUUUCUAUCUUUCGACGUGUUUCUUCGUUCUUACAGAGUCGUUCACGUCGAUUGUACAGUCCCUGAGUUUUUAGUUGUGUUCACUAUAUUGUAUACAGUGGGAUCAAAUUACAUGCGUUAGAAUCGACUAAUCUAUGUAAAAACUGAUCGUCUCGCGUUGAAGACAUGCGCGCUCGUACGCGUAUCACGUGAGGCGAGAUAUGCCUAAAAAGCGUAAACAAAAGUAAAUAAAAAAUAUUAAAAUAUACUUCCUUUAGAGGUAAAAAGAUGUAAGAAGAUAAACAAGAAAAUGGAAAAAAAGGAAAGAAGAAAAGGAAGAUAUAAGACAAAGAGGUGUUUGAGCUUGAAUAAUCAAUCGAUGUAUUCUCUAAAAUGGAAUUUCUUAUGUCAAAUUCGAUUGGAUUGGGAAAGAAUCAUCUUGUCAUCCGGGUUUCUGAUAGCCGGAAUGACGUGGACAUACAAGGCAGUCGCUUUCUAGUCCGAAAAUGUGUUACAAGAAAAAAAAAAAAGGUGGGGUCUAAAACUCUAAAAAGGUCUAAACUUUUACUAGAGAAUAAAAAGGGAAGACUCUCUUUCAGGCUUCAGCGUGGAAUGCUCUUAGCGUAUGUCUGUUAGGAUCAGCGUGUAACUAAUUAUCGAGUUAACGACGUGAUUAGAUCUAUCGAAUUCAAUUAGAUAGUUAUUGUGUGCAUAUAUGGCGAGAUCAUCGCCAUCGCCGCGACCGUCCCUUUUCCCCCUCCCUUUCUGGACGUUCAAUUAAUUCAUGAAAUUUAUCGUUGUGACGAUUUAUUGUUCUUACUCAGUGUAUCCCAAUAGGACAAUCAUUAAUAACAAAUUUUGUGUUAGUGUCAAAUUCUCGUAGUUAAGCGUGUGUGGAACUUCAGAUAGCGAGUUUAUUGUUCUCUUUUUCAUCGAAAUCUGUACCAUUGUUCUUGAGGAUUCUGUGCGCUGUUGCCGAUCGAAAGAGAGACUACAACGGGAUUUGUAAAUUUCCUCCGCAUUGCGCCGUACGUUUCCGUCAUUGUCGAGUUCUCUUGAUAUGAUUAGAUUUCAUGUGGUUAUAACAUAGAACAUAUUCCUCGAAGUAAAAGCAUGUACAAAAUGUAAUAAUAAAUAUAUCUUUGGUAACGAGACACAGAUUUUUUGCAUGUUUGAAACAAAGAUUGAUAUAGCGUAAAUUCCAAUCGUGAUCUUCUUUAGCCGAUGUAUUAGCGUAUGUUACUUUUCGGUUGUUAUAGCAAUUAAACGUAUAUACAUAAAUAUAUGUGCGAGAAUUCUGAUUCGACGUGUAACGAGAUGAGCUUUGCAAAAUAAGAAAGAAAAACGAAAUAUAAUAUCGGGAGGGGGAAAGGAUAUCCACAGAGAAUAGAUGAAAUAUAGGAGGAAAUGAGAGGAAGAGAGAGAGAAUGAGAGUGAGAGAGCAGGAAUUGAUAACGAUGAUCUGUAACAAUUGUAACUCGACAUUGAACAGCAGGAAAGAUCUUGUUAUACCGCGCAAGUGUGAGUUCGUCAAUUUCUGCCCAACUUAAUUAUAGUGAACGAAGAGAAGAAUUGCUAAUAAUUAAAAAAAAAUGAUUAUGAUAAUGACAUUAGUAUAUGUAACGAUACAAUACUGAAGCAUCAUCAUCUUUUGUAUCAUUUGUUCGUUUGUUUUUAUCUUACUGCGUUUGUCUUUCAUUAUUAAUGCAAUACCAAGAUGACUCGGUUUCGACACGAUAUCUUGUGUGUAAAUAUAUACUAAUAAAAAAUACAAACAUAAAA